CUCUUUCUGGGCAGAAGGAAAAACAAAUUAAGUUUAGAAAAUGUUAUUAUUUGAGCUUAACAGCAAGGCUGAGGUUAACAGCUGGGAGUGUUUGGAGCUGAUCAUCUGCAGGGGUGAAGUGAGAGCCUGGAGUGAGCCCUGGAGUGCAUUCCCUGUGCAAGUGCUGUCCUGGCUGGGGACCCUGGGGACUGGCAGAGGUUGGGGGAUGAUUUUUCUCAUUUGACUUUGCUUGUCCUGCUCAGGGAAGCCACUGGAACAGAGCUGCCUACAACUCCUUGUGGACAUUGGGUAAAGAUGCCCACAUCUAUCCCUUAUCCUAUUUUCCGGGCAGGGAGAGGAUUCGGUCCCGAAUGGCUCCGGCGAUGCCAAGAGGAGCUUUGUCACAGCCACGAGCGGGAUUUGGGCUUGGGCAGGUUGAAGGGCUGAAUGCUCCCUGCUCCGGGUCCCUGCUUUGGGCGGGGUGGGGCAGCGCUGCCUCUUCUGGCAGCCGGUGGGGACGAGGAAGUUCCCCGGCCUCUCCCGGUGUUUCCCGGUGCAGGCGGUGAGGAUGAGGAGGGUUCCCCCCGUCUCUCCCGGCGUUUCCCGGUGCAGGCGGUGAGGAUGAGGAGGGCUCCCCCCGUCUCUCCCGGCGUUUCCCGGUGCAGCCGGUGGCGCUGCCGGUGCAGCCGUUGCCUGGGAACGGCGGUCGCAGAGGCAGAGAGACGCGGGGAUCGCUGUGUCGGUUGUUGUGCAGCCAAACCUGGGAGAGUGUGUGUGGGGAAGUGUUUCAGAGGAUCUCCACACCCCAGCUUCCUCAGAGGAGGGUGAAGGUGUGGAUGGAUGGUCCAUGCGAAUUUACACUGGAGUAACCCCCUGAGGGAAGAGCAGCACCAAGCAGUGAGCCCGGGGAGAUGUCCCAGGACAGACAGACAGCUCAGGAGAUGCAUGUGCAGCCUGAGGAGGAUCCCCUUGCUGCUUCCGGGGAGAAGAAAGGAGCACCAGAGGAUACUGAAGAGUCACCGUUGUGUCCCCAGUCAUCUCCUUUAGGUCUGGGGAUCUCAGACACCCUGCCCAGCACCUGGGCUGGGAGCCAGAGCACCCUGGGGAAAGGCAGUGCUGGGACAUCAUGUCUGGAGGGUGCUGGACCCCCUGAACCACCCCAAGCAGUGUCUGAGUCCAAGGGAAUGAUCUCCAGCCCUCUCUCAGGCUACAGGGAGAAGCACACACAGCACAAAGGCUCUGCCAGCUUGGUGUGGGGAGCCAUGCCGGGGAUGCUGUUUGGGAAGAAAAGGGACAGGAGCCUUCACCCCCUUGACCUGUCCUGGGUGUUUGGCUACAACAGCAGCCUGGCUGUGCACAGCCUGAUGGACGGGGAGGACCGGGUGCUCCUGUACGUCUCCUCCCACACAGUGGUCAUCCACGAUAUCCUGCGGAACAAGCAGUUCCACCUGCAGGGCCACACAAAUGUCAUCUCCUGCCUGUGUGUGAGUGAAGACAAGCGCUGGGUUGCGACUGCUGACCGAGGGCCAGAUGCUCUGAUCAUUGUGUGGGACUCCUACUCUGGGGUACCUGUGCGCACCAUCUUCGAAAGCCAUUCUGAGGAUGGCGUCUGUGCCAUUGCCAUUUCCCAGGACGCCAAGUAUUUGGUGACCAUCAGUGCUGCUGCUGUGCAGAAAGUUUGUGUUUGGAAAUGGACUUUGCCCACAGAGAAAGCCAUAUGCAGCAUGGAGCUGAAGCCUGAGUUUGGGAAUCAGGAUUAUGUAAUUUUUAACCCUCAGAAUCCCCAUGAGUUUGUCAGUAACAGCAAAACCCAGAUGAUAUUUUACCUGUGGGAUGAUUCUGGUUUGCAGUAUGGGGCACCAUUCCUGAGCAACCAGACCUUCAAGUGCCUGGUGGGACAGUUCAGCCAGUCAGUUUUCCAUUUUAACAACACCCAAGUUCUGACGGGCACCUCGGCUGGGAAGCUGGUGGUGUGGGACAUGGACAAUCCCCGCACUCUCCCUGAGGAACUGCCGGCCAAACCCCACGGAAUAACAGCCACCAAAGUGGUGUCAAUGCAGAAGGAGAGUCUUACCGUGCUCAAAGUGCUGGAGAGCUGUAUAGUCACAGGUGAUGUGAAAGGGCAGGUUAAGUUCUAUGAUGGGCAGCUGUGGCUCCUCACCAUCUACAGCCAUGAAAAAGUGGGUCCCAUCCAGUCCAUCUCCUUCUCCACAAUCCUUCGUGAUCCCCCCAGUGCCCUUGCAGGCAGCAGCCAGCCCUUUCUCACCAGGAACUUUAUCCUUUCAACCUCUGAUGCAACCAUGUUCCAUGUUGCAACAGACAGCACAAACUUUGAAACAAUCAUGAAAGAGGCAAAGAAAGCUGUGAAUGCCAUUGCCUGCCACCCACAGGAGCCACUCGUGGCUGUGGGGAGUCACUGUGGGCUGCUGAAGGUGUGGGAAUACAAGCAGACCCAGUACCUCGUUAGCAGGAUAUUCACUGAGGCUGGCAUCCAGUGCUUAUCCUAUGAUCCUGAAGGUCAUUUUCUGGCUGCUGGUUUUACUGAUGGAAGCAUUCACAUCCUUGAUGCAAUUUCCCUUCAGUCCAUCUGCGAGGAAUUCCAGUUUUCACAAGGUCCCGUGACUCACAUCAGCUUCUCUCACGAUUCCAAGUACCUCGCAACUGCUGAUGAGAAUUAUUCAGUGACUGUUUACAAGAGAGUCCUGCAGAAUGGGAGCAGAUGCUGGGAACACCUGGCAGGGCUGUGUUCCCACUACAAACCCAUCCGGAGCAUCCUCUUUGGAGUCCACUCAGACAGCAACGAGCCCAGGCUCCUGAGCCUCGGGGAGGACCAGCAGCUGGUUGAAUAUGACCUGAACAGCAGCAUCAAGGACCACUUGGUGGUCACACACAGGGACAGGCUGGAGCAGGCUGCAGUGCCCCUGUGCUUGACCUGGUACCCACAGCUCAGCACUGAGUCCUUCUUCCUCACUGCCAACAACUGCUACAAAAUGAAGCUCUACAACACAACGACCAAAAUGUGCAGAAAGACCCUUCUGGGACCAACCUAUGGCUCCCCCUUGGAGAAGAUACAAAUCCUCCCUAGGACAAGCUCUGCAGACCCCCAGCAACACUACCUGGUGUACAUUACAAAGGACAAGGUGGGCUUGCAGAUGCUGCCUGUCGAUGGCAACCCCCACAAGUCCUCAGCCUACAUUUGCCACCCAGAUGGUGCCUCUGACUUUGCCAUCUCCCAUGAUGGGCGUUACAUCUUUACAGCUGGGGGGAAGGAGCGCACUUUUAUGAAAUGGAAAGUCAACCUACAUGCCUUGGAUGCUGCUUCUUUCCUGGGUGGGGAGGACUUGAUCCCAUUCUACAACCUCCUGGAUGGCGGCAGAGAAGGCAAAUUCUUCAGGGAACUGGAGGACUAUUUUUACUACGUACAGCUGUGCAACCAAGGUAUCGAAACACUGGAGAAAAGACAGGUGUCAACACAUAUUCCCUUGGAGGAAAUUCCUUCUGUAAUGAGAGCAAUAGGAUUUUAUCCAUCAGAGGAAGAGAUUGAAGAAAUGAUAAAUGAAGUAAAAUUCAGCAAGUAUGCGGAUACCGGAGAAGAAGUUACAAAAAUCAAUUUAGGGGAUUUUAUCAAACUUUAUAUAAAUCAUCGACCUGCAUUUGGCUUACCAAUGAAAACCAUACAACGAGCAUUUCAGGUUCUUGGUUAUGAUAACAAGAAGGGAGACAAAGUUAUUGACAGAGGAGACUUCCUGUUCCUGCUUCAGAGCAGAGGGGAGCAGAUGACAGAGGACGAGCUGGCUGAGUGUCUGACCAUCCUGCUGGGCAGGAGAUCCAGGGAAGGAGGAUCUGAACUGGACACCUGCGAUGCCACAGGUGCAGAAGCUUUGACUGAAGAAGAGAUUCCAGCAGAAAUCACAGCAGAGAUAUUUGUUGCAGACAUUCUUGGCUUACAUAUUGCUAAAUCAGAAAGAAAAGAACAGAAGGAAAAAGAAGAAUCUUUGAUCUACAAAGGAUCAGAAUCAUAGCUACCACUAGCUUUUCUGUUUGUUCCUACUUUCCAGGAUCCUCUCCUCAAAUAUCUGCAAAAUUUAUGGCUUGUGUUUAUUGCAAAGUAAAGGUCACAUAGUUGCAUUUCAGUCAAACUCUAGAACAAGUCCCCAGUUUGGCACAUGCCACAAACCUGUAAUUUCACACCUAUAUAGGGAAACACUGGAAUGGCUGGAAAGAAUGAAGCAGGUGGAUACUCUAUCCUUGGCUGGAACCUUCCCAGAAGUAAUUUCAGGUGGGUUUAUGCCAGAUGCAGUCUAUUUUCAUUACGUUAAGACAGUAUUCAUUUGUGAAACCUGACAGCAAAAGACCAGUGUAAGAGUAUUGUAUUGAUUAAAUACGUUGAUAAAUGCUUUGACAGGUUAGAAUGGAUUUGUAAUUAUAAAUCCAAUGGACCUCGGUAAAGAAAUAAAUGCUGUGGUACACAUCAAAACCA